AUGAAAUCCACAAAGGACAUAAAAGAGCAGUACAUUGAAAAAUCAAUGCUGGAAUACGCAGCCAGAGGCCUUGACUUCUGCCAGUUCUGCGGUAAGAAGUACAAUGUUGGAGAGAGAAUCCCCAGAAUUCUCGUUCACUGUGGUCAUACUUUCUGCACUGAUUGUCUUAAUAAGAUUCAUAAAAGGAACAGAAUCAGAUGUCCUCUUUGCACUAAGCUUAUUAAGAACAUAGAGACGGCUGAGAAGUUGCCCCUCAAUAUGAACAUAUUGUACGAAGUUAUACAGAAAGACAACAUCUUGGCAGAAGUAGAGUUCGAUUUCGAAAAUGAAAAUGAAAUGGCAGACAAGUUGUGUGAGCGCCAUGAAGAUAGGAUCAAACAUUUCUACUGCUCCAAUCACCAAACUAUCUUCUGUAGGGAAUGUAUUAGAGACGACCAUACUGACUCAGAGUGUUUCGUAGUCGACCUGUACGAGAUUCAGAAGAUGAGAGACCUCCAGAAGCAAAAUAUGUACAAAAAUUCUGAGCAGUUGGAUAAGUUGGCAAAGUCAGAAGCAAAAGCUUCAUGAAACUAA